AUGCCAAUAUCAAUCAGCGCCGUGGCCUCCCACAGCUAUAUCUUUUUAGGAGCGACCGCUUUUGUAGCAUUUGCCGCCUUGGUAGCAUGGAAUAUCAUAUCCAUUCGAGGCCCGCCCACACCAAAGGGACUCCGGCGCCCUCCAUCACCGCCUGGUGCUCGAUUCUUUAGUGGCCAUGCCCAUCUUUGGUCGGGCCGGGUGACGAACAAUCCCAGUCAAAGUCAACUUGUCAAGUGGGCACGAGAAUAUGGCGAGAUUUACGAAUUCCGGCUCGGUGUCGAGCGUUGGGUAAUUGUCAGUUCACCGGAAGCGGUCAAGGAAAUCUUCGACAAGAAUGGCGCCCUCACAGGAAGUCGACCUGCAUUCCGAGUCAUGAACAUUCUUUCUGGUGGAUACCGGAUGUUAUUCAUGCCAUACGGCAAGAAAUGGCGCUCCCUCCGAGCCAUUGCCCACCGCUGCCUAAGCAUCAAAUCCGCCGAAGCCAUAAAACCAUCAUCAAGCCUCGAGUCCCACCGAUAUCUACUUGACAUCCUACGGGACCCAGACAACUUUCUGGACCACGUCAAGCGAUAUACGUCAAGCGUGAUUAUGUACUCGAUCUACGGCCGGCGUGUGCUUGAUCUUGACGAAGCAGUGUUGAAGGCAAUCUACGAGGAGACUAGUCAUUUCUCGGAAGCCAUGGCACAAGUACAUACAGUCGACCAGUAUCCCAUUCUUGAACGAUUACCAAAGUCCCUGCAAUGGUGGCGUCCAAAGUGGGAAGCCUACCAUCAGAAGGAGGUGGAACUCUGGAUGGGUCUAUGGAAUGAUCUCAAAAAGCGACUCAAUGCCGGCGUUCGCACGGGGUGUUUUGCCGAGAAAUUCCAAGAAGAGGAUUAUCUUGCGAUGGGCAUCUCCGAGACUCAGGCCGCUUAUGCGGCUGGUAGCAUGAUCGAAGCAGGGAGCGACACGACGCAGCUGACCAUGAACAGCAUGAUUCUGGCAAUGGUGGCCUUUCCCGAGGUUGUAUCCAAGGCGCAGAAAGAGCUCGAUGCUGUGGUGGGUGACCGCAUGCCUGAGUUCACGGAUAUGCCGAAUCUGCCAUAUAUUCGGGCCAUGGUGAAAGAAGUUCUGCGAUGGAGAAGCGUUAGUAAUGACCAUGAACGCCAUGUCAGCUCGGGCGAUGUCGUCUACAAGGACUACUUCAUCCCUGCAGGGUCGUCGGUCGUCAUAAACCAAUGGGCGAUGCAUUUCGAUCCAGACUUAUUUCCAGAACCCGAACGGUUCAAUCCUGAUCGCUAUUUGGGGACUCCCGUGAAUGACCUUACGGCCGGCGAAUGUAUACAUACAAAUGAUGUCAAUCUCCGCGAUCAUUGGUCUUUCGGCGCAGGUCGACGUGUGUGCGCCGGGUAUAAUUUGGCGGAAAAUUCGCUUCUCAUCCUGACAGCGAGAUUGCUUUGGGCGUUUGAUGUGCGUCCGACCAUCGACCAGCAGACCGGUCAAGGGACGAAGUACGAUGUCUGGAACUAUUACCCGACGAGGUUGUUCGGACCAAAGCCGUUUCCAGUCGACUUUCGAGUAAGAAGCGAAGAGAAAAGGCAGGCAAUCCUCAAGGCUGAAAUUUAG